AUGAGCAUCUAAUUUGACUUUUGUUAUCCUGUCUUCACAUCCCACAAACGGAUAGACUUGUCAUCACUACCAAAUGAUAAUAUAGUACCAUCAAAUAAAAAAAUGCACUAGAAUGAUCAUUUAAUUUGGCUUUUUGUUAUCCAGUCUUCACAUCCCACAAACGGAUUGACUUAUCCCAAAUACUAGAUGCUAAUAUAGCACGAUAAGGAGAAUACCAAAUUGAACCAAUUCACCAUCUAAUUUGACUUUUUAUUAUCCUGUAUUAAUAUCCAAUUUAUGGAUAGAGUUCUCCACUACAAUGCAGUACUAUCAGGGG